ACACACGUAUAACAUUCAUUUCGUAACAGCUCUACUUACUCAGAAUUAAUUGAAAAAUAUUUUGAUGGGAAAUAAAAACAUUGAUUUAUUUUCUUGAAAAAAUCAAAAGCACCUCUGAUUCCCCUAUACUCUUUGACCUCUGAUAAUAGUUCUCAAUAACAAAUGACAGUGAUGAUCACCGAAUCAUAUCAGUGCCGAAAUAUUGAAGAUCAAUCAUUUGCAGUUUAAUUUCAGAAAUAUAAACAGUGUUGAAAAUACUAGUAUUCCACUACGGAUUUUCGUCUGACAUAUACAUUUAAAAGAUUAAAACGUCAUUUAAAAAACAACUGUCAAACUUGUUUGCAAAACAACAAGAUUACUAUAAGUCCCGGUAUAAUUUUAAAAAUAAUGGAUUCUGUUCUCAGAAAUCGCAAAAAAAGAUAUGAAAGAGUGAUGUCUCGCGUUCAUAGUCAGUCACAAUCUAGUGUAAGAUUAAGUUCAACUGUGACACGCCAUGAUAUACCGUCAUCUGUAAGAGUUGGCGCGAAAACAACUGGAUCUAAUGUGAGCUCAGGAAUCUUUAAUGAACUUCCAACUUACUUGGACGAUUAUGAACCAGAAUCAAGUCGUCAGAAAAUUAAACGUACAUAUGUGGUGAAGCCUCGUAAAACUAUCACGUCAAUGAACCUGGCAGACUGCCCGCCUCGUGUGGCCUCUAACAUCUCUAAGGCGAGGGAAUCAAGCAAAAAGUCUUCGACUUUCCGGGUCCAGGAAUCUGCUCCUUCCGUUUUAGAAAGCAAUGAAGAAAAGUGGUCUAAUACACAUUUGAGAGAGUGUUUCUCCAGCAGAUCCCACACGCAAUUGAAAGAUUUAAAGGAUGAAAUAAAAGCUUUCAAAGAGACUGAGAAGUUGAUGAGACUGCGAAGUAGUUUGUUUAAGAAGUGCGGUGUAGUGUUGGACGAUCUAGGGAAUAUGGUGGAGGACAAGGCUGUGCAGGCCCAACUUGAACCAGCUGCAGAUGAUGACACUGGACAGGAGGAGAAUAGGUAAGUCAAAAUAAGUUAUUUCGAUAAAUAAUCAAGUUAUUUAUUGCCCUCUUGGUGCUUCACUUCACUAACCUUUCUUCUUGUUUUACCUACUUUGGAUAAGUAACACACAAAAUGAACCCCUUUUUAUUCAACUGAGUUGAAGCAAAAA